GUAUUCACUUAGUCAUCGAUUUAGGUGUGCCCGUUUGUAAGCUGUCAAAAAGUAAACAUUUUUCUUUUUUUAUUUAUAAACAUAAAGAACAAAAAUAAAUGUUCCUUUUAUUGGAUUGAGACUAAAAAAUUUUCUACAGUUUAAAAUUAUUCAAUAAAAUAAAAGAAGAUUCAUCAAAAUGAAUUACGGGAAAAAAUCGCCCAGUAUGGGAACACCAUCUGUUUAUUCACAUGUUACGAGUCGCAGUAAUGCUAAUCUUAGAUCAACAAGAUCAGUACGAAGUGUUAAAAUACCAUGGUAUCGAAAAAGAGUUUUGACUCAUGCUUAUAUUCUAAAUAUUCAAAGAGCUUCUAUGGUGACAGCAAUAUACUCGCUGUGUCUUUCAAUAUUUACUGUUUUUACUCAAAUUUUUGAUAUUUAUUGCUUGGCACAAGCAACUCCAGGAGUUACCCACUAUGGUUACAGAUUUAUAUCGUACGAAUUUGUUUAUGUUGGAAAUCGUCACGUUCGAAAUGCGCUGUUGGUGUUUGCUAUGUUUUCGAUAAUUGGAGGAAUAGUGGUGUUUGCAACAUCAAUUAUUUUAAUAAAGUCUUUAAGAAAGGAACAUGAGAAAAAAAUGGUUCCUUGGAUUUGGUCAUUUUUGAUCUUCACAGGUGGUCGUGUACUCAUGUAUAUAUUUUACAGUGUCGUUAACGAUUUAAUAUUUGGUUAUAAUGUAACCAUGUGCCUUCUUUGGACAAUAUUUUCCAUUGCUUCGAUUUAUGGAUGGCUCAUUGUUUAUUCCUUGUACAUUGAGCUCAGUGAUUUGACCAAAUUAGAGGAUUUGGCACAUUUAAGAAUUGGAACUAUGCAGUCUCUAAAUGCAUCGACGACGCAUUCUAUUGCUGGUUCUCGACCAACAACACCGCACAGUACAGUAUCAACAAUGCCAGUCAAUUAAAAAAAACCUAUAGUCAAAAAAUUUUUAAGAAGAUUUUAUUCUUCUUUCACAAAAAACAGUAAGGAAAAUAAUUUUAACUCGCUUACUUUUUAACCAUUUUUUUUAUUUUGCAGAAAAUAUAUUUUUUUUUAUUCCUUUUGAAUGAAAUCAAAUGACCGACUUUGUGUUCACAAAAAAAUGUGCAUAUCACAUAUUUUUAAAUUUUGAAAAACAAAAUUCUAGGUAGUAUUUUAGUAUUGAAAAGGAAUACAAUGAAAAGAAUAUGACAUU